AGAAGAGCUUCGCGAUCUUUCUACCUAUAAGCUAUCAGUUUAUUUGUAAACACGCGACAUCAUUUCGUAAGAUGGACGCGUACGAAACACGUAGAAAAGACUGGGAAGACUUGGAGGUGACCAAGGAAGAGCUGAACACGUUGACCGAGUGCCUGAAGAAGGAGGAGUUCCGGAAAUUGCUGAUCGAGUACGCCGAGGAGGUGACCGACCCGGAAAAUAGGAAGCUCUACGAGAAGGAGAUCACGCAGUUGGAGAAGGAGCGGGGCGUCGACGUUACGUUCGUUAACCCGGAGCCCGGUUACGUCAUUAAAACCAGCGUGAACGGCAACAGGAAAUGUUUCCUGAACAUCGGCAAGAGUGACAUCGUGGCACGGCCGAGCAGCCAGCCUUCUUACGAGCAAGGUCACCGGGGCCUGCAAUGGUCCAUCCCGUACACGCUGAUACCGCCGCGGGACGACCUUGACAAGAAAAAUGUGCGCUGCAUGGUCUUCGACGUGGUCUUCCAUCCCGACACGAUCUAUCUGGCGUCGAAGAACGCGCGGUUCCGCGAGAUCGUCAACAACACGGCCAUGGACGGUGUGGAGAGCAACUUUCAGGUAAAGCUGGACAGAAAGAAUCUCAGAUUUCCAAAAAUGAAUUACAAAGGAGUGUCGCAGCCAUCGGUGAUCAGGAAACCCUCCGAGCAGCCUGCGAAGGAACAGUUGGACCUGGAGCCAGAGAUUUACCAGAAGCUAAUGGCGGACUACGAUCGAAAGAGGGAGCAGCGAGCCAAGAGGUUAGACGAGAAGCCACAGCGCGUGCCUCCACCUACCGUGUACUAUCAAGACAAACCGGAGGCCAACCAAGACUCGAACAAUAACUACGCUACCCCAAAGUUUUCCAUCAAACACCAGUCGGACAUAGAAUUGCAGGACUUUUCUACCAGCAGAGACGCCAAGAUGAAUGCUACGGUGCCUAAGAGGCUCGUCGUCAACGUAGAUCUGCCUUUGCUCAAAACUGCUUCCGAUGCAUCGCUGGAUGUGCAAGAGCAUUUCUUAAGUAUCAAGAGCGAGAAGCCUGCUAAGUAUUUGUUGGACCUUCCGUUGCCCUACCGGGUGGACCCGGACAAUGGAAACGCGAAAUUCGACCCGAAGUACAAGAAGCUGGUUGUUACGUUGCCGGUCAUUCCACCAACGGCGUCUGUGUCCGAUGCCAGAGAAGACAGCGGUGUCGACAGCGAUCACGAGAGCCCCAUACCGCUGUUCGACGCGGAUUCCGUCGACGAUUGUUCGGAGCAGAGCCCGUCGCGCGAUUCCAGCAACGAAUUGGUCGAAAAAUGCGAGACAGUGUUCGCGAGUCCGAAAAUAGAGGAGGGAAGUGAACGUGUGGGGAGUUACGGUGACACUGCAUUACGGACUAGUAACACAGAGACCACAGACGUGUUUACAAACCCUAGCAUUAAGUAUUCACUGCCAGCGUUUACUUGUAAUAUAUACGAUAAUCAAUUAGCCAUCACCGUAAAUGUAAAGAACGUCGAUCCGAAUUCCAUUCGCCAUAGGAUUUUGCAAAAUAACUUAGGUAUACACGUCACGUUAACGUCCGUAGGCGCAGGAUUUUAUCCGCAGCACUAUUCGUUUUGUUUAAAAAUAUACAAGGAUUCUGUGCAGCCUGAGUCCCUCGUUAUCGAACCGUGGGACAACAACAUCGUGUUCACCGUCGCGUUGAAGAAUACGGAAUACCUGGCGAGAUAUUAUGUCGGCAUAGACGAGGAGUUCAUGGAGGAGAAAGAUUUCCCUACUGCCACGACUUUUAAGAAUCAGCUGAAGGAAUUGACGGAGAUGGAUGAUGGCGAUCUGGACAAGGAUCAAACGGUCGAGGUGCAGACGGAGGACGACGGUGUCGUGAUUAGCAUUAGCUCGAAUCAAUGCGAUUCCGACGACGAGGACAACCGGGAGGACAGCAAACAGAGUACAAAGUCUACGCAACGUCGGCAGAGUCGGCGGCACGCCAAGCCAAAAGCUAGAUCUGUUUCAGAGAGCAGCGGGGACGAGUUGUCAAGUAAUAGUCUUUCUAGCGGUGCGGGCACAUUCGCGAAAGGUAUUCUAAAAUCGCGGCGCUCUCACGAAUUUUCGCGUUCAGUAUCGGAGUCGAGCGCCGACGAAAACGGGAUGCCGAUGUCGUCGAUAGAUUGCAAUUACGACUCGGUGCAGGAAUUCAACUCCGAGUCGGACUGUUCCAGUCUAAAGAAGACCGUGCGAUUCAACGACGUUGUGUCCCGGCAAUUAUUCAGAUCGAAUUCCAGUAUUCUCGGCCAGCGUAAGAAGAACCAGCGGAAGUUACGGAACAAGAAACGCGCGCACGAUCGUCGAAUGAGCGAGAGCGAAAACUCGGAGACGGAGGAGAGAGAUAAGUACAAGACGGUCGCGAAGAGCGCCGAGGCCUCCGAGACUAUGAAACCUAUACUUAAUCGAGAGAAACAAUCGGCCCAACCGAAAACUGCCAACAUCGAGAUCAAGAAGGGAGAGAACGAUAAUCGCACCAUGGUGAAACGAAAAGCGAACGUCGACGUGGAGACGUUAAACGAGAUCCACGGCGACAAUUCGACGGGGACCGCGAAGGACACGGUCAAAGCGGAGUUCAAAAACGAUCUAAUAUUCGACUUGGACAUGUAGAUUCUGUCCGCACGUCGAAACCCGCGUAUGUGAUAAUUUUAAUUCAGAGAAAAAAGAAGA